UCUCACUCCACAGCAAAAUCCAUCGACAUUUGCAGGGGCGUUCGCGUAUCUCGAUAUGCCGAGGCUGGGUUCCAAGAAGAGUCGUCAUGGGUGUGUGCAAUGCAAGGCGAGACGUGUAAAGUGCGAUGAGAAUCGGCCAUGCGGUGCAUGUGUGAGAUAUCGUGUCGAGUGCAGUCUGCUGAGUACCUCGGUAGCAAAUCGCGCGCAUACAGUGUCACAGACGCCAUCGGCAGGCUCACCACAUGCAAGCACGCCAGGCACACCCAAUGGGCCCUUUGUGUCACCCGGACGUUCAGCAGCUGAAUUUGUCAAACAUCAUCAAGCGGCUGUCCAUUACUAUGAUUCAAUUCUUACACCUCCGGAAGUUACAUCUGGAGAAUGGAUGCAAGACCUGGAGCUGAUGCACCACUACACGGCACAUGCUCACAUGACUAUGCCUGGUCUUGAGAUCGCGAAACAAAUCUGGGGUUUCGCUGUACCGCAAGAAGGCUUCAAGCACCCACACCUCAUGCAUAGUAUCCUGUCUUUCUCGGCCAACCAUCUUGCUUACAUCAACAUGUCGAGAGCUUCAUACUACCACGUGCUCGCUUCGACUCAUCAGUCAGCAGCCCUGACAGGUCUGAAUAGGGCUCUUGCAGACCUCGGACCCGCAAACUGCCAUGCUCUUUUUGCCUCAGCAUCUUUGACCAUCAUGAAUGCAUUCGCGGACGCUCGAACGUACAGCACGGAAGUUUUGAUCGAGAUCUUCCAGCUUCUUCGCGGAAUGUCCUUCGUCCUCAACACCGCUGUGCCAUGGAUCGAGAACGGACCCUUCGCCGCCAUCAUUCGACCGAGCAAUGGUGACCAGCUGAACAAGCCGUCCGCAUUGCUGUCAUCGUUCCUAGUCGAGGUCCAGGCGGCGAGCUAUCCUUCACCGACCGAGUCGGCAGAAAGUCAAGCCAGCCGUAUAAAAGCAGCAGAACAACUGCGGCAGGCAUUGCAGUAUAGCAUAGAUACGUCAGGCCAUCCAACUCUGCGAGCGGCAAUGACUUGGCCUACAACUCUCGAGACGGACUUCCUGGAAUUGCUGAAGGAAGGGUCAGAUCCUAAAGUCCGAGAAUUGAUGAAACUGUACUGCCGGCUUCUUGAGUUCGCCAGCUCGGAAUGGUGGUUUAUCUCGGGAUGGAGAGGUAUAUCAUCGCGUGUUUGACAGGGCUGUAAAGGUUCAGGCCUACUACAUCGGAGCAGCUGGCUGCCCUUGAUCGAUGAUUUGUUCCUGGGCACAGCGCUACGGUGCUGAUCUCAGCUGCGAGUCUCAGGUCUCAGUUCUCGGCUGUCUGCCAUCCGGACAAGCGGGCGGAUUGGACCGCAAGGAAGCCAUCGAUCUCUCUCACCAAGCAAAUGCAAGCACGCUCUGGAAGUGAGAGGCACUUGAUGACACGGCCACAGCGCUUCUGUGGUUGCAAGCGACGCUCUUUGAUAGCAUCAAGGCAUGUCCUUAUUGACGCUCAGGACUGCUCAUGAGAAGCCGGUCUCGAGAAGGUGGAUCGUUGGGAAGAGGCUAUCAUCUACAACUGCAAGUCUGGUCCUCAGCCUUUACGUAUCGAGGACACUGACUGUUGUUAGUCACG